ACUUAAGGUUUUUAUUUGUCAAGUCGUCGUAGAUAGUAUAAGAUCAUAAACAGAUUAAAUGACUCGCAUGUUUUCGAGCGGAUCAAAGAUGAAUGUUUCAAAGAUAUCUACUUCAUAUAAAAACAUACAGACAAAAAUAGUAUUUCUUUCGGUGCGAAAAAUAGCCUGAUUCCCUAAUCAGUAUUUUAUUGUAUAAAAACGACUGCUACUAUAUUGUUACAAUUCUUUCUUUUUUGACUUCACUACGUCGUAAUUGUAUCAAGCAAUUUUUUGUUGAGAUUCCAAAGUUAUAGUUAGUCGUUUUUCAGUUUAGAAAGUAACUGAGUCUUCACGUUUAAUUUUUUUUUUGUUGUUUCUAUAGUACAAAUUUGACCUUUUUUUUUAAUAAAAGAGUGUUUCUUUUUCACGUAAAGUAUUCUACGUAAUGUUUUACUAGGCUUUUAAAAAAUAUACUACUGACUUCAAGUUAAGUUUUACCUAAAUCUAUGGUUUUCUAAUUUUUUCCUAGUGUUCGAAUAUAGCUUUUAUUUCGAUUCUGCGUUUGAACAGUUUUCUUUUUCGAUUCAAAUUGUAAAAACUUGAAGUUUUUAAAUAAAAAAAGUAUGUCAAUAAAACAUUUUAUUUGUUGAAAAUUCUUUUUUCGUGUGAACGACAUACAUUAGCGCAUUUUUACUCCUUGUAUUAAGUAAUUAAAAGUUCUAUUUUAACAUAAGUUACAUUUUAUAGAGUUAACUAUUUAACCAUUAAAUACAAGUACUUUUAACAAAAGUUUGGUUUUUGCAAUUAUAAAUUAUCAUAUAUGUUAUGAUCAUUUGCGAUCAAGUAUAAAAGAAGAGUAUUUUAUUUUUUGGUGUAGUCUAAUUUUAAUAAAUACCUGAUUUUUUUCGCUUUUCGUUAUUGUGGGAACUCUUUUUUAAUAUUUAAUUCUGUUUCAUUAUAAACUCCGAUUGUUAUUGAAUAAUAAAUAAGAAAAAAACUCACGUCGUUUCAUAACCACUCUUAUUGUAGAAAACUUUAAUUUAAUUUGAUGUUAUAAAGGCUUGCAAAAAAAAACAAGGGGGAGUAAAUUUGUUUCUUAUUUUAUUCAUUAUGUUAUUAAAAGCAAUGAAGGAUCACAGGAGUAACGAAUUAUUUUGCGAAAAGUAUCCUAUGUUGUUCGGUACUCAACCGGUUUAUACGCAAACAGAUAUUGAUCAAGUAAAAAGAAUUGAGAAUUCCUCAAUUCAAGAAUUAUACGAUGAGAAAAUACCCCGCUGGGAAACAAUAGAAAUCCCCGCAAUGGAUUUCGCUCCUUUAUUUCUCUCUUGUACAACAAAAGCUUACAAUGAGGAUAAACUUAUUGGUAUAACAUCGUUAGAAAAAAAUCGUUUUUCGGAAUUGGUUACUUUUGAUAUGAAGAGAAAAAAAUGGUCUCCUUGUACACGCACACGUCAUUUUCGUCCCCCCAAAAGAAUAGGGUCUGCUGCAGUUGCGACGGAAAAUCAUUUGUUUUUAUUUGGAGGAUAUGAACUUAACAAUCAAGAAGUUAAAAAUAAAGGUUCAAAGUUUUUUUCAUCUGACUCGUUUUGUUUUCAUUCUUCUUUUGAAGAAAUUAGAAUCACUGAAAAAAGUAGUACGAUUUCAUGGCCCAGUUUAACAAGACUCUUUGGAUAUCCUGACUGGUGGUUUACGCGUUUUGGAGACUUACAAUAUCGUAAUAUCAAUGCAACACCUCAUUUAGUGGAUGCCUUAGGUGAUUUUCAUGCAUAUGAUUUAUGCCGUGGUGAAUGGAAUCCAAUUAUAACCCGUGACAAUAAACCAGUUUCAAAUGUUUCUAACAAUUCACCUUAUCAACCAUGGAUGGUUCGUGUUUCAUCUUAUAAGAAAAACCGAAAUUCAAUUCAACCAAUAAAAUAUAUACCUGCAUCACGAGGAAGUCAUCACAUUGUUUCAGGUAACACUUUAAACGAUUCGUUACCCACACCUCGUGCUUUCCAUACACUGAUACGACACGGAAACAUUCUUGUUUUGUUUGGAGGUGAAAAAAGUAACCAAUGCAAUCAAUUUUUAGUAAAUAAUCAUGUGGAACACCAACUCUUCUCAGUUGUUUCUUAUUUUAAUGACGUUUGGAUUUUCGACUUGCAAGAAAUGCGUUGGAUGAUGAAAAUAAAUAAUACGUAUACAUUGAAUACUGACGAAGAAUCUUUAAAACAAGUUAAAAAUUUUUUGAAUAAGUGUCCAAAACAAAUUCAGCCUUUUUUAAGAGAUAAUCCUUUGCAGUGUGUUUGUAGCCAUCAGGAUAAGUCUGAAGAGUCUAUUUGCGAUAUUUGCAGUACAACAACACAACCUUUCUGUGUGGAUGUGAUUGAACCGUCCCCUUCAAUUCAUAGUGGUAAAUCCGACAAUGACUGUGAUGCUUUUCAUCAUAAUGACCAGUUAAAUAGAGAUUGUUCUUUUCUCUUAAACCAACACAUGAAUAAGUUCUCUCAUUCAAAAAUAGAAAAACCACAUGGCACAUAUCAUAACAAGAAGCUAGAAAAUUAUCAUGGAUUCCAUGUACCCUCACCAAGAAGCGGACACUGUGUAAUGGUGUAUAAAAAUUAUAUGUACAUGCAUGGAGGACAAAAUAGUCAAGGACUUCUUGGGGAUAUGUGGGUGUUAAGUCUUGAAACGUUUGAAUGGAAACAAGUUGAAACCAGUGGAGAAUCGCCCGGAUUACGAGCUGGUCAUACAGCGGUUGUAACAGAUAAUUAUGCGUGGGUAUAUGGGGGUAUCACACAUUGUGAGUAUCAAAAACGUCAGAAUGACCUGAAGCUGUUUAAUCCUUCAGAAACCGUUUAUGCAAACGAAUUCGUGGUACCCUCCUAUGAUGAGUGCAGUAAUGAAGCACGUUUUAAACACUACCCGACGACCAUAGACGACCAGAGUCCAACAAAAGAAAAGCAGGAAAUGUAUUACCAUUUUAUAAGUCAAAAUUUAUUUGAACAAUUACGUGACACACUUAUAAAACGCCAAAAAACAGUGGAAUCCUCAGCGUUCGUAUCAGAUAGCAGUAAUUUAUUUUGUUUUAAUUUUGAAUUUUUACACUGGGAAAAGUAUACGUACGAAGGUGUGCCGCCAUUAAAAGCAAGACAAUUUGGACGGUUACAUGGGUUUUUUCACAAGAACUUUUUAUGUUUCGGAGGCUGUACAGGGGUUGAUUUAAAAUUCCAGUUAUCACUUAUUCAUAUACCAUGCACAACAAUACUUUGUAAUAAUGUAUCUAACUUGUAUAAAAUAGGCAGUCCCACUGAAAACCACUCUAUCGUAAAUUUACCCAGGUUUCUUGAUAUUUUUUUUAAUUGUGAAGAUAAGAAGCAAGCACCAUGCCAGCAUACCUUUUGGAAUUAUGUUGAAAAAGAGCAAGAAAUGUACUGUGAUAAAACCCAGCAAUUGGAAUCCAUUGAUAUAGACAACUUUAAUAUACCAUCAUUACUUUUCUCCCCAACUCCUGUUGAUUUACAUGACACUUUAAGACACCCCAAAAUUUGUUUUGGUCCGCUUUCGUCCCAAUAUACGGCUACAAAACAUACUCUAUUUUACACGGACGAAAUUAAUAAUAAUUUACUAGGAACGAAUCAUUGCAAUCAGGAGUCUUUUUUAACUGAAAUGGACAUGCUGAACAAAGACAAUAUAACCUCGCUGUGCGGUGCAAUGCAUCUAGAGAAUUUUAAAAAUAUUAAACUGUCCGCUCAUCAAGAUUUUUUAACGGAGACUUCCAUCAAUAUAUCCCCACUACUUACUGAUACGAUGAUACCAUUGUAAUUUGUUUCAGAACAUAAUUUUUUUCCAAUGCCAAUAAAAAAUCAUGUUGAUGUUUAUAUACCAUUUUAAUGGAAGAUUAUUAUUAAAAC